CAUUCUAUCCCCAAGACAUUCAGAAUCUAGUUGGUAUUAUGGCAUCACCCUUGUUCAUCCUCCUGAUGCUUCAGGCUUUUCUUGUUUCUACUUCUGUUUCUUCCACUGUGUCUUUCUCUCUUAAUCAAACAGAAACUCUUCUCAAAUGGAAAACCAGUCUCGACAACCAAAGCCAAAGCUUCCUCUCAUCUUGGGUUGGGGACCGUCCUUGCAGAUGGGUUGGAAUUGCUUGUAAUAAAGCUAAAAGAAUCAUCAGCAUAUCCAUUCAUGAUUAUGGCCUUAGAGGUACAAUUCAUGGCCUUAAUUUCUUUGCCUUCCCUGACCUAAUGCAGCUCAAUCUUAGCAAUAAUUCACUUCAUGGGACAAUUCCUUCCCACAUUGUUAAAUUGUCCAAACUUACUUAUCUUGUUUUGUCUUAUAAUAACUUCUCGGGGAACAUUCCUUUUGAGGGAACUUGAGCAACCUAUCUUUUCUUUCUCUCUAUGAUAACAUGCUUUCUGGCUCAAUCCCUACUUCCAU